AGACUCCAUGACCAUGUUGACCAGUCUUCUGCUUCUCAGUGCUGCCUUUGCUCUGGGAGAUGCAAAUUCACUUGUAGAAGAAGACUUGUGUCCUUCCGGUUGGACCAAAUUUGGAUCAAGCUGUUUAAUGUUUGUAAAGACUACGAGGAGCUGGCCUGAAGCAGAGCGGUACUGUGUGUCCCUUGGUGAUCAACUGGUGUCUGUACCCAACGUUGUCGAGUACCUUGGCGCAAACCUGGCAUCUGUGCACAGCUCCGAGGAGGACCAGUUUCUACAGGCGUUGGUCUUGGUCAAGACUGUUGGUUUCCCUCCUACCUGGAUUGGUGGAUUUUAUUCUGUUAAGGACAGGUGGUGGUUCUGGAGUGAUGGCUCCGACUUUGAUCACCAGAACUGGGCUAAAGGAAGGCCUGGUGCUGGUGCCAGAGAGUCUUGUAUUCAUAUCAACUUUGGAGGUCAGAAGCGCUGGAACAAUGCUUUAUGUGGAAUGAGCUUGCCCUCUGUAUGCUCCCUGAGACUCCUGCCUCUCCGCCAGACUAUACAUUAGAAGCAGCAAUGCUAGUCCGUAGUGUCUGCACCCUUAAUACUUCAUGGUAACGUCUAUACAUUAGAAGCAGCAAUGCUAUUCCGUAGUGUCUGCACCCUUAAUACUUCAUGGUAACGUCAAAAUACUUAGUUGCUGUUAAAUUAAGUCUGUUACUACACAAAUGUUGAGGAAUUGUUUGCAGCCAAUAAAAUGUG